CUAUUUUAAACUUCGCUCUGGCAACACUGCAUAACACUCAUAACCUAAAAAGUUUUGUUUUGAAAAGAACAAGAGUGUAUUUUUAAUUGUUGUAAACUUUAGCGAAAUAGUGGCUCAAACAGCAAAAAGCGAACAAUUCGUUAUUAAAACAUUCCAUAAAAAUAAUAAUUCUUCGUGAAGCAUGGCUUAUAGGCCAGAUUCAGAUAGUGAUUCAGAUUGUUUCUCAGAUGAUCCAGACUAUGAAUAUUUCAAGACACGUACCAGACAAAUAGCAAAUCAAAACAAAUCUACCCAAGUGUUAUCCGAGGCUGAUCGUAAAGAGCAAGAAUGCCAACAGCUAUACAAAUCUAUCUGCAAUGGAGAUAUUGCAGCAGUACAGCAAGUUCUACAUAGUGGGUAUGAUAUAAACUCUCCUGUAUAUGAUAACUGGACAUCAAUUCAGUUAGCUGUAUCUUUUGGAAAGUAUGAGAUUACUGAACUCCUAGUUGCGAGUGGUGCCAACGUGAACUCUGAUAGAGAUGGGUAUACAGCUCUCAUGAUGGCUUGCAACUGUCCAAGCCAAACAUCUCCAUAUUCUGACACAAUGAAAAUAAUAAAACUAUUGGUAGAAAAAGGUGCUAAUGUGAAAUCAAUCAACCAUAAAAGAAUGACAGCUCUGAUGUUAGCAGCAAGCAAUGGACAUCUAGUAGCUGUCAAAUACUUACUUCCUCUUUCCAAUAAAGAUGCUGUAGAUAAUCAAGGAUGGAAUGCGCUCUAUUGGGCAGUCAGCACCAACCAAAUAGAAACUGUAAGUUACCUGUUAGAACAAAAUUUAGAUUACAGUAAACCAGAUGUAAGAAAUAAUACCGCUAUAGACAUAGCGAAAAAUAGUAAUUUAAUCCAAAUUUUGGAGUUAUUUCCUAAAGAAAAGGAAGAUGUUAUAUUUUCUACCAUACAAGAUCGAGCAUUGGCGUUUGAGGAAAGCUUUUCUUUGUGGAAAACAGGAAAAAGGCCACAGUUCUUUGUAGAUAUUUGUAACAUGCUGUAUGGCAUUAUGAGUGAGCCAUUAAUAGAGUUACUAGCUAAGAAAAACAUUACCUUGAGUGAGUUUUUAUCUAUAACUGACGCAGAUCUACAGAAUCUAGGUGUAAAGCUUCCCUAUCAGAGAGCUAAAAUACUUGGAGUAAUAUACAAAUUCCAUAAAUAUCCUUACCAUCCAAAAUCAUUGUAUGUAAUGCCUCUAACUGAAAAAUAUAGCAAUCAUGAUGUUGCAAUCCAAGUACUGUCAACAGUUAAGCAAGUCAUAGCAAUGGAGGGAAGUAUAGAGUUUAUUUUGAAAAACUUCGAUGAAAGCCAAAGGUUUCAAAAUGAUAAAGACCUUGCUAGAACAUUGAAAUCUGUAAAACACAAUAUUGCUUUGUGUGAGAAAAGCACCAAGAAUCUGAUGCAAAGAGCAGAACAGGUGAGAGAUUGAGAAUAUGUAGUGGGAUCGAACUAUAAGACCAGCUGAUCUUAUUACUAAAGAUUCUUACAGUUGGAAAAUACGAUUUCCAUGGAGGAAAUUAAUCUUCUCUUUAACUGUCUGCUCAAUAAUAUUUAUGUUCAAAUUGUGUAAGAAAUAAAUUUUAUAUUUUGUUUUUCAGUAUUAAUUAGUCAUCAGCUGCCUUUGUUUUUAGGAGAUAACUCAUUUGUGUCUCAUCAACAUAGGUAUGUAUAUGUUUAUUCAGAUUUGUCAAGUAACUCAGAUUGACAGAUUAGUCAAAGAUCACUAAGCUGAAUUGCAUAUAAAUCAAAUAAUAUAGUAAUUGCAAUUUCUUUGUAAGAUUUGCUUGUGUCAACUUUAAGUGCCCAUAGACUGUUUUAUAUUCCAGAAAGACUUAGGCCGUUUACACACACACCGACUAUACCGGUGCCGGUACCAUUUCCUGUGCCGGAAAACAUUAAAUUUCACAUACGCCCAGUGGCGACGCGUGAAUUUUCCUAAACUGUUACCAAAACCAGAUGUGAAAAAUCUUAUUAAAAACAGUUUAUUUUGAACCUCCCAAAUAUAAGUGUUUGCUUAUUUUAGGUAUUUUAUUUAAAAUAUUUUUAAAUUAACGUAAACAUUUCUGGAUUGAGCGUCUGGGGCACUUGAUAUACCUCAUCGUCUUAUGCUAUGACUAAUCCAAACCCUCCGAAAAAACAGUCGACGUUUCUAGAUGUUCGGAAAAUUCUUGAUCUUUUUUGGCAAUAAAUGUUAACAAUUCCCUGUAAUUUCAUCCACUUCAAAAUGAACGGUAAUUCCUGUUUUGCCAAAAAAACAUACGGUAUCCAGAAGUGUGCUGCCUAUAAGCUUGGUUAAGACAUGUUUCGAUUCUUGUUUUGCCAAACUGAAUUAAAUUGGCUACACAUCUCACAUGUAAAGGAGAAAUUUCAUGUCUCCUCUUUAGAGCCCUAAAUAAAACAGGAACAAUACAAUCUGUUUUUUGGCAACCACAUAACCAAGAGUUUCCAUAUACCAACUUAAUUUAAAAUAUCAAACUACCUUUUUUUAUUCCUUUUUAAAAUUAUCUAAAAUAGGUUUUGGUCUUCCAUUCUCAAUGAUCUCAUUUUUUUCUUAAAAAUGAUACAAGGAGAAUGACUUUUCAAGUAGUUGAUCAAUUACUCAGGUGACACUCAUCCAUGUUUAAUUUCACGCACACUACAGCCGGUAACCAAAACGGCUACUAACGAGUGAGAAGUGAGUAACCAAAUCAAAAAAUCGUAACAAGCCCACAUAAUAGUCGCAGCGCCCCACGCACUCGGGCGACCGCGAUCAGACACGUGCCGGUACCGACGGACUACCAAGUGUAUCCAUAAAUGAAAACGGUAACAACCCACAACCAAGUCGAGGCGAGUCAGCUUCAUCGUGUUCGCAAACCUAGACACUAUAGGGCGCAUUAUUUUCGUGGGGCUAAUUUGCUAUAAUUUACUGAAUUACUAUUACACAUCGCUGUUGUAAACAAAUAAAUGAAAUUGUUUCACAGUACUUAGUCAUUAAAUAUUUAUUUUUAAGAAUUUUAACUGUUACCAACGGUAACAAUGGUUACAUGGACGCUUCGCCACUGCAUAUGCCGACAAUUUUAUUCGGUGUUUGGCAGUGGUGAAAGAAGAUGUAUGUUUCUGCUCGUAAUAAACGUUAUCUCCUUGGGCUAUUGCAUCUCAGGAGGAAGUAUCGAUAACCUAAAAAACAAAGACAGCACUGGGUGCAUCCUCUGCUGACUGUGAGAUACUUAGAAGGUAGCUUCUACACGCUUUUUGAAAAACUUAGGGAAGACAACUCCAAAUUCUUUAAUUACUUUAGUUUGAGUAUACUAUUGACUAGAGAAUAAAUAACAAGGUUAAAAGGUACAAUAAAUAUUAAACACCAACCGAUCCUAUUCUUUUCCUACGAGGUUAAUGUGUUAAUUAUACACUAAAAACUUAGAUGCGUAAAAAGAAUCUCGGCAUCGGCACGCCUGAGCAUGUAUGAGCAAGUAUAAUAUUAUAAAACAGUGAAAUCGGAAGCCGGUGCGUUGCCCGACUUUCGAGAUCACCACCGCUUGCAUUAACCGGACUCCGUGACCGGACCAGGCUACGGGUAAAAAUAUUAAUUUCAUUACAUUGCAUUCGGUGUCGGCAACUUUACCGGUCCCGGUUUUGCCGGUGUGUGUGUAAACGGCCUUACGGUAUGCGUACACCAAAACCGAUUUUUCGGCCGAUGUCGGGCCGGAGCUAUUCGGACGACUGUCUCGGACGUUCAUCUGCAUACACUACCGCCGUCAUCGGACGUUGCCCGUCGGACGUCAUUGUUGAAUACAGAUUAACAUAUUAAAGACGUGUUUUUAAAAUGGAGGAUUUCGAAGAGAUGUAUCUUCUAAAAAAUUCGUACAGCCAUUUAAUUCGUCGGGGUCGUCAAGUGUGAGUUAAUGAAAUACUUGUGCACAGAAAACAAGUAGGUGAAUUUCACCACCUAUUCGAAGAUUUAAAAUUACAAACUUUAGAAUGUGUUAUACAUUCCAGUAUUUUGGUCUCUGAAGUUGCUCCAUAUUUUUUACUCUUGCAAUCGCUAUAUCGAUUUCCAAUGCAACUUCAGCCCAUAACCGUUUUUCAACAUCUCCAUUAUUGUAACUUUUGAGUUUUGGCCACAGCGGCGGCCUAUUAUAAACACAACCAAUUAAUUUUUCAAUAUCCAUACUUGAAACAAUUCAUCUAUUGUAAUUGCCGGCGCACUGCCGAGUAAUCCAACAAGUUCGGACGUUCCUGUUUAUCGGCCGUUGCCGACCGUCAACGGCCGGUUGUAGAGGUGUACGCACUCUCUUCAUUUUACAUAAGUUUAAUUUUAUCGACGGUUAAUGGCUUAGUAUAGUUCGGCCGAUAACGGAUUAUGUGUACGCCAGCCGUUCUGCUGAUCAGCUUUCCGAAUUUUUGGCACCAGUCAAGACUUCAUUAAUUUAAAUAAUUGCAUAUCACGUGCGUGUCCAUUAGCAAUCAGUCAGUCGUAAAAAUGCCUUCGAUUUGGGGUUAUAGGAUAAAUAAAGAGUAAUUUUAACAAACUGGUAUAUUUGACACUUUUGAUACAAAAUUUAUUUAUUCUACUUAAGAUUAUAAUAUCACAUUUCUGAUGUGGAUAUUACAACCCACAGGUAUUACUUUUAAAGUAAAUGGUACGUUUGCCAACUUCCACAUAACAUGCUUCUGUCCAAAUGUUUGGCAUAUAGCCUCGCAUACAGGGUGUAACAAAUUUAAAUCAUGUAUGCAGAGAAAUCCAUGCACCAAUGACGUCGUAAUGUGUACGAGAGAGAAGCGUGCAAUACUUAUGUUAGAAAGCUUAGCAACUAGAGUGACAUAUUGCACGCUUCUCGCGCUUCACUCUCGUAGACUACCUCAUCAGUGAUAAUUGGAUUUCUCUGUAUGUACAAUCUGGUCAGUUAUUUAUUGCUCUUUAAGUGGAGGUAAAUGGUCUGCUUUAAAAUAAAAGACACAUUUAUCACUGGGCCAUAAAAAUGCAUUUGAAAUAAAAACUAUUUUCCCAAUACUAUUAACUAAACAAAAUAUGUUAUACCCUGUAAUCUAUAGAUGACUAGUUUACCUCUCAAUCUAGGUAUAUAACAAUGUUCAUAGUUUGUCCGUAAUUUUAAAUCUUUGUAUGCAAUUCACAACCUUUCUAAGUAAAACGUUAAUUUUAAUUUUAGUUAUCACUAAAAAAUCACUGCUUUGAAACCAAGUAAACAAAAAACGUAUCUUUCUUAAACAGAACUUUUUAAAAAAUAACUGAAAUAUACCCGCUGUAUAUGCAAAAUAAACAUUUUAAUAUAAUAUUGACACUUUUCUUCUAAUUUUUAGAACAUAGGAAGUAAUAUCAGAUUUCAUUUCUGAUAAAUCAUGCUAGUUUCUUGCCAAAGCAUGGUUAACAACUUAAAUUGGAAUUCCCCGUUAUUUUUAAGUAUAUACAAGCCAUAUGCCUUAUCUUUUCAAGACGAC